UUUUCUCUAUACUCUGUGGGCAAUACAAAGUUUAGUUGGGAAAAACAUACUUCUUUAUUUUCUUUAUCUGAAAGAGAAGACUCAGACUGGAUUUAACAACUGAACAGUGAAGUGGUUUGCAACAGUUACCUAGUUUGUGGCCUCAAUCCAGCUGGAUCCAGCAGAGAUUUGAAAAGAGAUCUUGAGUCCUGUAGCAGUGGAAAGACCCAAGAAUGCCAGUCAAAAAGAAAGAUACUGACCGUGCUUUAUCAUUGCUAGAAGAAUAUUGCAAAAAAUUAAGAACACCAGAAGAACAGCUGUUGAAAAAUGCUGUUAAAAAGGUCAUGAGUAUCUUUAAGAGCAGCUUAUUCCAAGCCUUGUUAGAUAUUCAAGAAUUUUAUGAGGUGACAUUACUAAAUUCUCAAAAAAGUUGUGAGCAGAAAAUAGAAGAAGCCAAUCAAGUUGUACAGAAAUGGGAGAAGACAUCCAUUCUUUCUCCAUGCCAUGAUAGCCUUCAAAAAUCUGCAGAGUUUACAGGCUGCAGUGGGCCAAAGGAGAAUGUUUCCUGUAUUGAGAAAAAUAAAGAAAAUCAGUGUUUUGAGAAUGAAACUGGUGAAAAGACAAGUCAAAACCAAGGCAAAUGCCCAGCCCAGAAUUGUUCAGUGGAAGCCCCUGCAUGGAUGCCUGUCCACCAUUGCACUAAGUAUCGCUAUCAAGAUGAGGAUGCUCCACAUGAUCAUUCCUUACCUCGGCUAACCCAUGAAGUGAGAGGUCCAGAGCUCGUGCAUGUAUCAGAAAAGAACCUGUCUCAAAUAGAGAAUGUCCACGGAUAUGUCUUACAGUCUCACAUUUCCCCUCUUAAGGCCAGUCCUGCUCCUAUAAUUGUCAACACAGAUACUUUGGACACGAUUCCUUAUGUCAAUGGGACUGAAAUCGAAUAUGAGUUUGAAGAAAUUACAUUGGAGAGGGGGAAUUCUGGCCUGGGAUUCAGUAUUGCUGGAGGGACAGAUAAUCCCCACAUUGGAGAUGACCCUGGCAUAUUUAUUACAAAGAUUAUACCGGGAGGUGCUGCAGCAGAGGAUGGCAGACUCAGGGUCAAUGAUUGUAUCUUGCGGGUGAACGAGGUCGACGUGUCCGAGGUUUCCCACAGUAAAGCAGUGGAAGCCCUCAAAGAAGCGGGGUCUAUCGUUCGGCUCUAUGUGCGUCGAAGACGACCCAUUUUGGAGACUGUUGUGGAAAUCAAGCUAUUCAAAGGGCCUAAAGGUUUAGGUUUUAGCAUUGCAGGAGGUGUAGGGAACCAGCACAUCCCUGGAGACAACAGCAUUUAUGUAACAAAAAUUAUAGAUGGCGGAGCUGCGCAGAAGGAUGGAAGGCUGCAAGUAGGGGACAGACUAUUAAUGGUAAACAACUACAGUUUAGAAGAAGUAACACAUGAAGAGGCUGUAGCAAUAUUGAAGAACACAUCUGAUGUAGUUUAUCUAAAAGUUGGCAAACCCACUACCAUUUAUAUGACUGAUCCUUAUGGUCCACCUGAUAUUACUCACUCUUAUUCUCCACCAAUGGAAAACCAUCUACUCUCUGGCAACAGUGGCACUUUAGAAUACAAAACCUCCCUGCCACCUAUCUCUCCGGGAAGGUACUCGCCAAUCCCAAAGCACAUGCUUGUUGAAGAUGACUACACCAGGCCUCCGGAACCUGUUUACAGCACUGUGAACAAACUGUGUGAUAAGCCUGCUUCUCCCAGGCACUAUUCCCCUGUUGAGUGUGACAAAAGCUUCCUUCUCUCAGCUCCCUACCCCCACUACCACCUAGGCCUGCUCCCUGACUCUGAGAUGACCAGUCAUUCUCAACACAGCACUGCAACCCGUCAGCCUUCAGUGACUCUCCAGCGGGCCAUCUCUCUGGAAGGGGAGCCCCGCAAGGUAGUCCUGCACAAAGGCUCCACUGGCCUGGGCUUCAACAUUGUGGGUGGAGAAGACGGAGAAGGUAUUUUUGUCUCCUUCAUUCUAGCCGGUGGACCAGCAGACCUGAGUGGGGAGCUCCAGAGAGGAGACCAGAUCCUAUCGGUGAAUGGCAUUGAUCUCCGUGGAGCGUCCCAUGAACAGGCAGCUGCCGCAUUAAAGGGGGCUGGACAGACAGUGACCAUUAUAGCACAAUAUCAACCUGAAGACUACGCUCGAUUUGAGGCCAAAAUCCAUGACCUACGAGAGCAGAUGAUGAACCACAGCAUGAGCUCCGGAUCCGGGUCCCUGCGAACCAAUCAGAAACGCUCCCUCUACGUCAGAGCCAUGUUUGACUAUGACAAGAGCAAGGACAGUGGACUGCCAAGUCAAGGACUUAGUUUUAAAUAUGGAGACAUUCUCCACGUUAUCAAUGCCUCCGACGACGAGUGGUGGCAAGCCAGGAGAGUCACGCUGGAGGGAGACAGCGAGGAGAUGGGCGUCAUCCCCAGCAAGCGGAGGGUGGAAAGGAAGGAACGUGCCCGAUUGAAGACAGUAAAGUUUAAUGCAAAACCUGGAGUGAUUGAUUCAAAAGGGUCAUUCAAUGACAAGCGUAAAAAGAGCUUCAUCUUUUCACGAAAAUUCCCAUUCUACAAGAACAAGGAGCAGAGUGAGCAGGAAACCAGUGAUCCUGAACGGGGGCAAGAAGACCUCAUUCUUUCCUACGAGCCUGUCACAAGGCAGGAAAUAAACUAUACCCGGCCAGUGAUUAUCCUGGGCCCCAUGAAGGAUCGAAUCAAUGAUGAUUUGAUAUCUGAAUUUCCUGAUAAAUUUGGCUCAUGUGUGCCUCAUACUACGAGGCCAAAGCGUGAUUAUGAAGUGGAUGGAAGAGACUAUCACUUUGUCAUUUCCAGAGAACAGAUGGAGAAAGACAUUCAAGAGCACAAAUUCAUAGAAGCCGGCCAGUACAAUGACAACUUAUAUGGAACCAGCGUGCAGUCUGUGCGAUUUGUAGCAGAAAGGGGCAAACACUGUAUACUUGAUGUUUCGGGAAAUGCUAUCAAGCGGUUACAAGUUGCCCAGCUUUAUCCCAUUGCCAUCUUCAUAAAGCCCAAGUCUCUGGAACCUCUGAUGGAGAUGAAUAAGCGUCUAACAGAGGAACAAGCCAAGAAAACAUAUGAUCGAGCAAUUAAACUAGAGCAAGAAUUUGGAGAAUAUUUUACAGCUAUUGUCCAAGGAGACACCUUAGAAGAUAUAUAUAACCAAUGCAAGCUUGUUAUUGAAGAGCAAUCUGGGCCUUUCAUCUGGAUUCCCUCAAAGGAAAAGUUAUAAUUUAGCUACUGCGCCUCUGACAACGACAGAAGAGCAUUUAGAAGAACAAAAUAUAUAUAAUAUACUACUUGGAGGCUUUUAUGUUUUUGUUGCAUUUAUGUUUUUGCAGUCAAUGUGAAUUCUUAUGAAUGUACAACACAAACUGUGUGAAGCCAUGAAGGAAACGGAGGGGCCACAGGGUGGGACAGAAAAGACAUCGCAGUAUGCAGGAAGGCUACGAUUUGCUGAAAGUUCCAGGUGUAGGGAUGAACCUCUGAUGGGCUUUCUGCCCAAGAUAUGGGCAACCUCCUCACCCCAGCAGAUGUCCAGAGCUGAUUUAGCUGCUGAGCUCUCUGUGUUUUUUGCUUUAAAGAAAAGUUGCCAGCACUCGAACCUCACCAACCUUCCCAUUACCCACAUCUAUAAUUGGUACACUUUGAAUUUUAUAACUAUGCACAUCCUUUGAUUUCUUAACAAGCAAAGGAAACAAAGAAGGAGAAAGAAAGCAGUCCUUUCGGAAACGACUUACUAUCAGGGAAGGAUAUUUGUGUAGUUGCAUUGACUGGCAUCUUCAAAAAUGAGCAUUUCAUAAAAUUCACAAGUGUAUGGAGACUAACCUUACUGAGAGGAGGGGAUUCUACCUGGGGUUAGCUUUAUGAUUGUUGAUUGUCUAUUUUGCCAUUUAUAAACUGAAAGAAGGCACUAAAGAUGAGAAUAAUUUAUACAAUGAAAAUAUAUUAAAUGUAUAGAAACAAAUUUCUAUAGGUUAAAAAAGUUUUGUGAAAUAUUUUGUAAAGACGAAUUAACUGAAAGACUUAACGUAUGCACUAUCAGAUGAUCAAAUUCCAGAACUGAAAGUUGCACUCUCCCUUUUGUUGCCAAUGAUCAUUAACAGCAUCUCAGUUCCUUCCAAGCCUGACAAAGACCUCUCCCUCACUCAGCUCCCGUGAUCUCCGCGCACACGAGUGAUACGCUCUUACGAAGCACAUCCCUUAAUGAGUUGCCCUCAUGGAUAUCUUUGGAAGACAUUUGGUUAAUGCAUUUUUAAAUUGAUAGCUCUUCAGUCACAAAUUCAUGCAAAUGACAUACAGGAAAUUUUUGUUUUUUUCUAGUUAAACAACCUGGCCCUACCAUGCAAACAGAUGGAAAACUUUGUUCCUACUUACUUGCAUAUAGUUCUUAAAGGAUCGUUUAGUAUUCUGGCCAACUAUGAGUAAUUAGAAUCAUUUUUUUUCGUUCCACAGAGUAGAGAGUUUUGUAAUACCCAGAGUUGGUGUGAGAACCAUGGGAGACCUGUCCAAGAUGUACUAUAUCUUUGAGGAAGAGAGAGGGAAGUAUCUGGUUGGGGGGUGAGGGGUGCAGACUUUCUGUUUCAGUAUGUAGAGCAAAGAGAACUGUAAGGAAAGACAAUUUAUGACUUUGAGCUCGACCAAUAGAACUGACUUCCUCAAGGCUGCACCUGGACCAAGUUUAUUUUUUAACAAUUAUUAUAAUGAUGAUUCAAAAAAGAAACCUCCCAAAGCCUAUAAACUGAAACAGAAGAGUUAGUUUCCCACUUUAGAGCUGAUAGUGACAUCAGCAUAGGUUUUGCCCACGGUGUUGAAGAGAGACUUUUCAGUGAUAUUAAUAACCACUCAAUUCUGGGAUUUAUGCAUGCCCAGACUAAGCCCCAUCGCCUUAUUUCUGGGGUACACCAAGACCUGGCAGGGCUUCUGCCACACUGUGCAGCAAACCAGCAUGUAGGCUGGGGUAGGAGAACAAAAGACAGAUCCAUCAGAGUGAUGGGGCUACUUCACAGUAAGAACACUGGAGUUCAAAAAUCAGUCUCUUUCCAAAAACAAGGGUUGUUCAUCUUACACUACCAUUGUCUGCAGUCACCAAAACAAAUACAAAAAUGCAAAAUUAUGUAUCUACCUAUAGUCUUGAGGCUGCCUUUGCCAUACCAAUGGAAGGACUAGCCAUGUGUUUUCCCGCUGAUGAAAGCUCAAUUUCCAGAGUCCUUAGAGUGCUCAAAAUGUUAAAGAUGUGUCCAUAUCUGCAGUUCCCCAGAUUCGGGUCGAGGCCAGCUUUCCUCAGUAUUGCUCCCAGAAGCUUUCUGCCACCAGAAUGCCAUUCCUGAUCCCAGCUCUAUUUUUAGGCCACCAUGAUAACUUCUUUGGUUUCUCAACUGAGCAUGCAAUUGUUUUAUUUAGAGGACUGUCCUUACUGAGUAGAUGUUUUCUUGGGUCGUGUGAUGUGCUUUUCCAUUUAAUAGUAUUGCCGUGGCUAAGUACAAUCAAAUCGAACCACCAACCCUUGGUUUUGUAGUAAUAUAAUUAUUUAUUUUCCCUGUGUAGAUGCUUCUGGAUUAGAAUUGGCAUUUGCACUGAUUUUUUUAUGUAUAUUUAUAUAAAUAUAUAUACAUAUAUAUUUGCUUGAAGAAUCACCAAGCAAAUUGGUGAGAGGGUCUUUUCCUAUAGAACAGAACAUACACCUCCAUUUGUUGUGUUGUCCGGCACUUCCCAGUGUUGCGGUCUCUAAGGCUCCAGUGAGCUGGCGUAUUUUGCAGCAGAUACAAUGACUUGUAUGGAAACAGUAUGCAAGUUACCCAGAUUACAUCUGGGGCAAAUGUACUUGGAGCCUGGGGCCAGACUGGUGCUAACACUGCAAACUUUGUCCGGAGCUCUCUCCAAUCUGAAGGCUUGCUGGGGGCGCAAUGUUACCUUCACAUGCUGGGCCCUUUCAGAAAAGUGCCAGAUCGUGUCACUGGUGCUAUUUUUCAUGCUCUGGUACAAUGUGUAGCACCAUGGGGGUCACAGCUUUACCAAAAUCAAAAUCCAACUUGCCAGCCAAUUUGCUGGGGCAUUUGUUUUUUUGCUCUCCUCCCACAGGAUUUGUCAGCCAUUCAUUUGCAGGCCUUUUCUUCUAGCCCCAAAUUUUUGGGUUGGCUCUAUUUGCUGGGCAAGUCUAUCUUUAUGAGGCUGCGCUAAGGUGCCUCUGUGAACUGUCUGAGAUCCUACUGCCAGCCCUUGAGGACUCUGGGCCAGAGGAGAAAAGCUCUCCACACCUCUGGCUUUCACCAUCUUUUCCCCUUGUUCUUUUCCACUGCUCGCCUACUUGUGCCUCAUCCCAUUCCUCUUUUUUUGGGCCCCCUCCUUUCCUCCUUCCUCUCUUAUCUGAGUUGUUGCUCUUGCCCCAUAAUCCUUUAUAUCCUCUCCUUUCUCUCUCUGCUCACUUCUCCUUUAGUCUCCGUCUCUUGUUGCUCUGGUUUUUUUUCUCCUUCCCUGUCCUGUCCUCUCCUCUCUUCUCCCUUAUCUCCCAUCUCCUACAGACCCAACUCCUUAAUUUUUUCGUCCUAUAAAGGGCUCUUGGCUGAUUCAGACAGCAUGUCCAUACUCUGGACUAAUGACACAAAUACUUGGGGUCACCAUUUUACCUACUCAGCCCAGAAAGAAAAGCUGAGCACAAGGCGCUGGCCUGGACCAGCUCCAGCAGCCUCCUGGAGCCAGCCUGCACCGCUGCCCUGGCAGCGAGGAUGCAUGUGCUGUGGCUCUGCCGGCACCUGGGCACCUCUGCCUCAACCCUGGUCCUAUAGGAGCUCGCUCCCAACGUCAUCCAAGGCUCUGAGGACACUUCCUGUCCACACAGGUAGACUCUGUCCCCGAUCAUCAUUCUAACGGCAAACCUCUUCUCAUUAAAGCCAUGCCGUAGCCUUGGUUUGGAGAGAGAGUUUUUUUUUUUCCUACUUUCUUUUUUCCAUUUUCAUGUGAAGCCCCUCUCCUUUUUGGCUGGUGACUGCUCUGGUGAGAUUGAAUGGACUUGCUGGUGAAAUAAUAUCUCUUUUCCCUGUCUUGGUCCUGCCUAAAAUUCCUACAAAAUUAUUUAUGUUAAGGACUCAGACUAGUGUUCCUAAAUUUGUUGUACUAAUUCAUCACUCUUUGGGGGAAAAAAGUUCCCUAAGGAUCAGUUCCCUAGAGCAUGUGGAGUACCUCCUGUGACAACUGAUUUGCCAGGAGACUCCCUACGGAGGUCUGUGGGUAUACAUUGUAUUUAUGUGUGCGGAUGGUAUAUAUGGUAUGCAUAUCAUGUAUACACAUAUUACAUUAGGUGUGAAUGAAUGUGGUUGGACACACACUCCAGUUUGUAAAUAUCCUUCCUCACUGAAAUCUGUGCUUCAGAAAUCAUUUCUUGUACAGCUGUGCAGUUUCCUGUAGCAGCUGAAAACAAGGUAAGACAGGCAGAUAAUUUAGACAAAGAUCAGCUAAAAAUAAAGUAUAGUACUGUAUCUCCCUAUCAACUCAUGAGGACAGACAGCCAAGUGGCAAGGUCAACUCCCAAUGGGAUGGCAAACUUUUCUUCUCUCCUUUUUUGAAUUUGUGUUUCCUAAGUGUGUCUUAACUUCUGAGUGCACCAGAUUGUACCUGUUAGAUCCUUUUAAUAUGACAAUUUUGUGCUUCUCUCUGACAGGAUGUUUCUUCAUCGAGCUGCAGUGCAGGGUGGGGAAGGGGGAGUCACUCCUUGCCUGGGCUAGAGUUUACAGAGACACUGCACAGCUUGCACUCCUGUUUAGUGUAAAUACUCAACACUUCCAUUCCAUUUGUGUAAAAAAUAAAGCACACAUGAUUAUAAAAUCAAGAUGUAUAUUUCA